AUGACAGACGUUGUGGAGAUCGACUUCGAGAUCGAUGGCGGGGAUGGGCCUACAACAGAGGAGGUUUUUGCUGCGAUUCAGCAGCAGCUUGCUGACCCCUUCAGUGCGCUCCGGAGGUCAGAGUUUGGUCAGUACUGCGCACAAGCAUCUGUGUAUGAGGUGUCCUCGAAUCCCGUAGCUACUUCAGUUAAGGCUUCCCCUAAUGCUCCAUCUUGGGAGAAGUCAUCCUAGGAGAGAGUCUGUCCCUCCUUGUGAAAGACAUCUUAAGAGAGAGUCUGCUUUUCAAGGGGAAAAGAGGCCCAGGAUGUACCUCGCGAUGGAUUGGGGCGAGCUCUAAUUCAGGGAAAGCUCUAGGACUACAGCAGGCAGGUGGAGCGACAAUAGUACCUGGAAGUGUCCAAGACCAGAGUUAAGGCGCAAUCAAUCCAGCUUCAUCACAGAGUAUACAUAAGUAGGUCUUUGGUUCCUGAGACUAGGAACGGAGAAAAUGGAUUGUCGCGAGCUCUAACCGAGUGCAGCAACAGCAGGCUUCAAUGGGGGAGCUGCGACUUUAGUGCAACAAUUUCCACCCGGCGUUGGACGAGCAGAAGUGGGUGGAGCUAGCUCGAGCACUGCACCCGGCCGCGGCGUUGUGCAACAUCUACUACCCAGUGUCCCAGCAGCACCACAAAGCGAUGUUCCGGCAAGAGAAAUCUUAGCGCUUGAAGAGAAGCAUAGGCAAGAGGUAAAUGUCGAGAUGUUGUUCUUUUGAUACGCUGAGUCUAUUGACUGAAAGGCCUCUAGAUCGUUACAAUGACGUAAAACGAGGUUCCAUGACAUGACAUGACAUCAAGCUGUUCAAGACUACCUAGACUAUCUGAGCAUGAUUCCUCACCAUGCUGAUCAGAGGAUUGCUUUUGUCUCUUUAAUUCUAGGCUGAUCGUGAAGCACCAGGGUCUUCGCUGGAAAAUCGAUGCACCCAACAUUCCUAGGUUCACAGAUUAGAGAUGCUGUUAAGGGAUAGGGAAAAUAUUUCGGCACAUGCCAAAGAAAUGUGGCUCGCGGAAAGCAGUAGAGCAGCAAAACUAGGCGAAACGCUAGAGCGGGCCGAAAAAAGAAUAAACGAGCUCGAGAAAAAUCUCUCACAACUAUCGCUCAUGUACUACUGAACAAUAUAAUUGAUGUUAAGCUUAUAUGAUCUCGCUUGGGAGUAGUUCAUGUUGUCGAUGAUCAAAAGUGUCAGUAUAAGUUCGGCAUGAGUUAUCUAAUAUCAAUUUUUGUUUAGGACACAGGUAUAACGACGCGUCGCAGGAAUUGCGGCAGCUGAAACACAUAUUUGGCAAUACGAAUAAGGACGUUGCGUCACCUGGAUACGCAAAAAGUAUGCCUACGCAAUCGAGAGGGCGACUACCGCAGUCACCCGGAAAGAGCCAGCUGCUCUCACCAUCGUACUUCUUCGAUUUGGAAACUUUUAGGCAGUCGAUUAUACGGAAAAUAGAGUUAAAGUUAAUAACGAGUAGAAGGAUCACCAAGAGGCUGCUUAUGUUGAUUCAUUGCAGAAGAAGCUUCUGUAACUAGAACUUAGAAGAUAGUACUUACUUUAUCACCCACGAAGAUAUUAAAAAUCUCCCACCUGCAUCUGAUCAAGAAAUACUGAAAUGACUCCAUUUAUCAUUCCAGUGUGCGUGGUUUGAAUAGUACCAUGGCAGCGCUGUCAGCGCCAGGCGAUCAACAUAGCACUGACGAUGCGGUCUUAUAUGAAGACGAUUUGAUACAAGUGGGGAUCAAGGCGCGCUAUCGCGAAAUGGAGGCAGAGGUGACGCUUUAUUACGGCAACAAAAACACAAAGACGGCGUUUCACAAUUUUUCGACCGAGUAUAGCGUAAAGGAAGACACGCUGCUUCGAAUAUCCUCCGCAACAGCGCCGGCAACGGUAUGCUUCAUUAUAUAUUGCUCAUCUGUUGAUAGGGUCUGCAGCACUGUAGUCUAUCUGCUAACGGUAUAGAUUUACAUCCAUAGAGAUAGAAGAUGAGACUUACUGUCUUGAAAUCAUGUGCUAGCAUUCAAUAGUCAAUAUGGUCUUUGUUCUACUCAUGUUGACAUUUGGGUGCCGAUGCAUCAGGAGAGGAGCAACGAUUUCACGGUACUUUUUAGCCACCCACUCGCUCCCCAGGUUGAAGCGGGAACGCAGCAGGUGCAGCGCGUUUCUGCGGUGUGUACUGGGCCCUUCACGGAGCAACCUAUUCUGAGACUGAGCUUCCUGCUGAGUGACAACUCGCCGAGAAGAAUACAGGUCAAGCUCCCAAUCUCCGUAGCGAAAUUUCUAGACCCCCUUGAACUGAGUUCCACCGAUUUCUUUGCGGUCUGGCGAGACGCGGAUUGCACCGUAAAUGAGGAAACUGCAGUCGUGGAUGUGGGGAAAAAGUACUUAAUGCAUUUCUAAUUGUUUUUUUUAAAUGUCUGGGGUUGUUCAACAUGAAACAGCUAUGUUCUUCUAUCAAAUCAUGAAUAAUUUUACCUACUAUCCUUCCUUUUUCUUUUCCUAGUGAGCUUGGCUGCACCAAUAUAAUGAUAAUAGGUGGCAAGACGCGGCCACAUUAGCGCCUCUCGCCCGCGCGGUUUGUUUGCGGGACGUACUCAAGCUGUUACCUGGUGUUGACAGCAACCCAGACAAUCUAGUCUUGGCGGGACAGUUUUCGGCCGCUGGUGGUGCGAGGCAUGUGGCACUCUGUCGCGUCGAAAUCGGAUCAGGUGCCUUCCGCGGCAAAGCACGCAUAGCCUUAAGAUCAACUUCCCAGAAACUCAGCAAGGGUCUCAGCCUAGUCCUCCAAAACUUGGUGAGUGGAGGAGUAGGCGACCAACUUGCGCGAUAAAGGACUGUCCUAGAAGGAGGUGCAGAAAAUUUAAAUUUAAUCUCGAUCCCAUUCGCAUUCAUCCCAGGAUGCACAACUAGUUCGGAUUGUAAAACCCGAAGCUAGUGGAGGUUUUUCACGCACAAAGAUUUGUUUCACAUGAGUCCAUUACUAUGCGCACCAAGAGUGCCUUCCGUAGUUAGAAGUCUUCUAUUCGCCACUUGAAGAUGUUUCGGAAAAAAGAGAUGAUUAUUUAGCAUUGUGACAUUGCGCUGCCAACGCGGCUCGGGAUUUUUGAUUAGUUAGGUUACUUCCAAGGGUUGUGUUUAAUCAGUGGACAUUCUAUGCUAGAAGAAGGUUUUUUUUCUUAUUCCUUUCCUGUAUAUUACGCGCAAAGUGAAUGAUCCGUAGUGCCUGUGCCGCUUACUAAGUAGAAGCGUACGAUGAACCUGGAGUAUCCUCGAGUGAGGAUCCUCUUUGAUGAACAAUGCUGACCAAGAAUAGCUGCUUCAAUCAGCGCACGCACCACGUCCGGUGCAAAAUCGAGCAUCGUCAUCCCAACAUCUUUCUGCGUGAAAUUGUGUCUGUUGAAGUCCGGAC